AUGCAGCAGCCCUUCAAGACGGAAAACUCACCAACGACACAUACAUUAUCUCUUGAAGAACGUGAAAAAAAAUUUUGGGAACAAGCUGCUUGUCGUUCAUCUCCAUUCGUUCCUAGUCAGAUGGCAACAGAUACACUUAACAACACAACUCCUAAAUUUGGCGGUUUCACUUCUCCAUCCAGUGGUCGGCCGCUAUAUGGACGAAGUCUUUGCGCCGAUAAACAAAGUGAGAGAAGCGGUGAUACUGUACCAUCUUUUUCUGCUUCACAUCAGCGGAAAGCGGUGAUGAAUGUUGGUCAGGAAUCUUCCCAGCACGCUGAUAAUGGACUUUUCCCCAAAGAUGAAUAUGAAAAGCCGAUGCCAAACGACGAAAUAUCGUUGCUAAACAAAAUAUUACAUAAAAAACUAGAAAAUCUUCAAAAUGGUAGUUUAGAAAUUUCACAGGCUCGAAGUGAUCCGAAUUCACCGCUCUACUCUGUUACUUCAUUUCAGAAUUUACGCCUAAAGGAUGAACUUCUGAAGGCUUUAAAUAAAAUGGGCUUCUAUAUGCCAUCAAAAAUUCAAGAAGCGGCACUACCUUUACUUCUGGUUGAACC